UUAGUCAUAUUAUAGUUUAGUUUAUCAAUACUGACACCUUGUGGACAUUUUAAGUAGCACGUCUCCUAUAAAAAUACAGCAGCCAUUUUAGGAUGUUAGAGCUCAUGGCAGCAGAGUGUGAAGGUGCAUCCACGUCCUUCCUUCUCGUUUUGCUCUUGAAAACAGCACAAUCUGUGUGUUCGGUGAGUCAGUCUCAGUGAUGGAGGGAGAUCCAGUCACUCUACACACUGGUCUUCUUAAAACGAUGGCUGAUGAUGAGAUUCAGUGGAUGUUCGGAUAUAAAAGCAUAGCUAAAAUGUGUGUAACAGAUGGAAAAAGCACUGUAAAUUAUAUUCUUAACGGGAGAUUCAGAGACAGACUGGAGCUGGACAAACAGACUGGAUCUCUGACCAUCACAAACAGCAGACCUGAACACUCUGGAGUUUAUCAACUACAGAACAACUGUUUGAGAAAGAGUUUCAUUCUCACUGUACAACGUUGUCCUACAUGCAUGAUUGGUGAUGUAGAUGAUAUAUUAGUGGUGGAGGGAUACAAGUUCAAUUUAUUCCCUAAUCAUACUGAUAUGAUGGUUAGUGAUGUGAUUCAGUGGAAGUUUGUACCUGAAAACACUUUACUAGCUGAAAUCAAUAAACAGACCAACAGCAUGGCUGUGUAUGAUGAUGUUCUUGAUGGAAGAUUCAGAAACAGACUGAAGCUGGACAAUCAAACUGGAUCUCUGACCAUCAUGAACAUGACAACUAAACAUACUGGAGUUUUUGAAGUAAGGACCAAAAAUUUGAGAAAGCGUUACAUUUUCACUGUCUAUGUUCGUCUGCCUGAUACUGCCAUCAGCACAGAUUGUCCAUCACCAUCUUCACGACCAUCACCAUCAUCAACAACAACAACGUCCUCAUCAUCAUCUUCACCACCAUCACCAUCAACAACAAAAACAACAUCAUCCUCAUCAUCAUCUUCAUCAGGAUCUCAUCCCAAUUCCAUCAUUAACCAGACUCAACAUCUGAACAUCAGUCAACUCUGUCAACCAUGUUCAGACUCUGAACACUGUUGUGGUUCUACUGAAGCUGUGAUCCGAUUGGUCCUCUCUGCUCUGGUGGGCGUGGCUACUGUCAUUAUUCUGGUUUAUGAAAUCAGAUCCAGAAGAGCUGAACAAAGUCAAGUAUUUAUUCACACAUCAGAAAGUUAAAUGGUGUUA